GGCCGUGUUCGGUCAGUGGUCUUCAGCUUACUCAGUAGUUCUUUAGUCUGUGGUCUGUGCUAUAGUCUACAGAGUACAGACAGGCAGACGAUACUCCUAACAAACUGCUACACAUGGAGGACGAUAAAUUAAUUUAAAAAUUAACAAAAAAUAGUAAAAGGUUUAUUCGUGAUUUAGUGUAUUUUAGAUGAAAAUUAUUUUCUGAAAAUGUUUUCAUAUAUCCCAAGAUCUUUGCUAUGCUGUACAAACGCUAUAGGCCCGAAUCGGGCUCUCGCGUAUGCACUGACCAAAUGUCCAGUGUUCCUAGAACCAACAUUGUCACAAUGCCGGAACUAUCACGAAGUUACCGGCGAUAUCGUCUGUCCGAAUAUGAUAAGAGGUAUUGACCAUUUGAGAGAUCCUCGUCUGAACAAGGGACUAGCAUUUACGCUAGAGGAGCGCCAAGCCCUCGGCAUCCAUGGUCUCUUAGCUGCAAAGUUCAAAACCCAAGAGGAACAGCUGGAUAUUUGUAGGAUAUCGAUAGACAGAUACGAGGACAAUCUCAACAAAUACCUCUACCUCGUUGAGUUACAGGACAGGAAUGAAAAGUUAUUCUUCCGUCUUCUGUCGGAAAAUGUUGAGAAGUAUCUGCCCAUCGUGUAUACUCCCACCGUAGGACUCGCAUGUCAGAGAUUCGGUCUCAUCUACAGAAGACCUAGAGGUCUCUUCAUCACCAUAAACGACAAGGGACAUGUGUUUAAUAUACUUAAGAACUGGCCAGAACCAGACGUAAGAGCUAUAGUUUUUACCGAUGGCGAAAGGAUCUUGGGUUUGGGUGAUUUGGGCGCUUAUGGAAUGGGUAUUCCAGUAGGCAAACUGUCUCUAUACACGGCCUUAGCUGGAAUCAAGCCUCAUCAAUGCUUGCCUAUCACUUUGGAUGUCGGCACUGACAAUCAGGAUUUACUAGAAGAUCCUCUGUACAUUGGUCUGCGGCAGAGGAGGGUGAGAGGAAAGGAGUACGAUGAAUUCAUCGAUGAAUUCAUGGAAGCAUGCGUUCAGAGAUACGGCCAGAAUACGUUACUGCAGUUCGAGGACUUUGCGCUUGGCAACGCGGGCCGUUUGCUGGCGAAAUAUCGCAACAAAUACUGCACGUUCAACGAUGACAUCCAAGGUACGGCGAGCGUGGCCGUCGCCGGUUUGAUGGCUGCCGUCAGAGUCACGAAGAGGAAGCUCAGUGAAAAUAUAUACUUCUUCCUUGGUGCUGGAUCUGCGGCCAAUGGUAUAGCGAACCUCACGGUAGCCGCCAUGGUGGCGGAGGGGCUCACGAUACAGCAGGCCCGCGACCGCGUGUACAUGUUCGACGUGGACGGGCUGCUGUCCACGCAGCGGGAGGGCGGCGUGCCCGAGCACGCCAAGGCGUUCGGCAAGAACAUCGAGCCGGAGAAGGACUUUGAAAAGUGCAUCGCUAAGAUCAAACCCAGCUGUCUUAUUGGUUGUUCAACGGUGGGUGGUGCAUUCACCCCAAAUGUAUUGAAGCAAAUGGCUAAAAACAUCGAGCGGCCCGUCAUAUUCGCCCUCUCCAAUCCCACCAGUAAAGCGGAGUGCACCGCACAAGACGCGUAUGAUAACACCGAUGGUAAAUGUAUCUUCGCAUCUGGAUCUCCGUUCCCGCCCGUGAUGUAUGACGGCAAGGAGUUUCAUCCGGGACAAGGGAACAAUUCCUAUAUUUUCCCCGGAGUGGCUCUGGGCGUUAUAGCCACGGCUACACAUCAUAUACCCGAGACUAUGUUCCUUACUGCCGCUAGGACUCUAGCCAACUACGUCAGUGAAACUGACUUGGCUAUAGGCCGCAUCUACCCUUCGUUGUCUGAAGUUAAAGAAGUAUCUCUCGCUAUUGCCAUUGAAGUCGCUAAGAUGGCUUAUGAUGAAGGUCUCGCAUCAGUAUAUCCCGAGCCGAAGAAUUUGGCGAAGCACGUCGAAAAUCAAAUGUACAACUACUACUACGAGAGCUCUAUGCCCGUGGUCUGGGAUUGGAAGCCCGAAGAGAAAUUCAACGUGAGACCGAUACAACCGGUGCCGAAAAAUAUCUAGAUCGGUAUUCAACUGCUGUUUGCGUUUAAAAUUUUUAAAUGUUUUACGAAAUUGUUGGUUGCACGAUAGAGGGCGUGUUGUACCGCAACGUAUAGUUCAGUGAUUGGAGUAUUAUUCAGGAAGAUAAUUUUUUUGAUUAAAUUCCUUAAAUAUAUAAUAUAGAUUCUUAUUACGAUAACGGCAUUAGUAUUUUUGAUUUUUCAAUAUUUUUUCUCAGAAUAACGGAAGGUAUUGUUGAUUGGAAAUACGGAUGGCAGAUGUGGGUUAGUUUGUCAUUAUAAUAUUGAAUUGUUAAAAAAUAUGUUCUAAUGUAUUUUCAAGCCGCAAUCUGAAUUCUCAGAUUGGCCAUAGACAAUAACUCCCAUUUCAAAGGGAAUCGUAUACUCUAUUGUCGACAUAAAAUUUUACUCUUUGAUAUUUUAAACAGAAAAAAAAUCACACAACAAUGUUAAUAGAUCGUAUAAAAUUCUAAAGUAAUACACAUUUUUAGAUUUCCCUUUCUCUAUACUUGCGUGUUCAACGAGUGUCAUAUGUAUGUUUAAAUGUAAUAAAACUUCACAAAAUAACGAGAAUUAACAUUAUUGAUGAUUGAUGGUGUAUUAGGAUGCCUUCUCUAUGACUAUAUAAUUAAUUAUUGGUACAGAAUUCAAUGUUCCAUGUCUCCUAUGAGGCAUUAUUAUUCUAUGUCCAUUUUUAACAUUAUACACAAAAUAUUAUACCUCUGUAAUCUAUAUAAUAAUAUAAUAUUGUAGACUGUUUUCAAACUAUAAUCGUAUUAUGAUUAAUCAAUUUGACAGCUAAAUAAAUUCUCAGUUGAAAUUUUUAGAUGCCCAAUCAGAUACGGCUAAUAAAAUUAUUGUAAUAUGAUGCAUUUAUUUAUAGUCUGUAAAAUCACAAAGUGUCGCGCUAGCGUUAAAAGUCCGGUUUAAGAUUGUUAAAAUAAAUAUAAAAAAAAGGUAUUACGAAAGAUAUAUUUCUUACUGAAAAUUUAAUAGUUCCGAAAGCUGUUUGAGCGGGCACUUAAGAAUUGACUGUAUGACGUAUUCACAAAUUAAAUAUAAUACAUUUACGUAGUGUUAGCUGUCACGUCGUAUAAUAUAUGAAUGUGUAUGUAGUGUAGCUUCAUAUGACAAUGUUCAAAUUGAUGUUAGUAUUAAAAUUGUGGCCUUGUUUAAGCUUCUUCUAUCGAUAUCUUCGAUAAUUCAUAAUUUUCUCGCACUAUCUAUUUAUGUAGUAUUAUAUUAAUCGUAUUAUUGUGUGAUUUCGCUGAUUUCUUUACAUUUUCCUAAUUGCAAACGAAGGUUGUAUCUCCCGAUGAAACUAUUUGCUUGCGGUUGUUGCUUUUACAUUUUUGUGUAUGAUUUUUUAAGUUUGCUUAACUUAACCGGUAUUUAUACGAGUAUUAUCAUUUGACGUUUAUCAUUUUUAUUUAUUUUAUUUUAAGUAUAAAUGUUUUUAAUAAAGCUAAGGUUUCGUAUAAUAUGUGUAUAAACAGCUCAUCAUAUGUUUAAAUGAAUGUAUUUAAUGUCGAAGUCUAGUCACCGCAGCAUUAUUUUAAAUUAUAUCGUCUAUGUAUUUAUAUUCUUUCUAUUAAAUCUAAGAAAAUAUACAAGUUAUAAAGAGAUUAAAUCGAUUCUCAUGCAAAAUUGACACUCAAAGAGUGAAAAAUUGUGAACCUACCUCAAUUAUUGGUGUGAGGCGAAUAUCAUGACUAAAAUCUGUCUACAUGUUUCGACUCGGAAUCAUUUUAGUAUUGUGUUCAGUAUUUAUCGAAAUAGUGAGACGAAUAUAUUCGCAGAGCGAAAGAGAUAGCGUUAUUAGGAACCGAAAUGACAUUCGCAUUUUUUUUUAUACUUGACUCAGUAUCACAGUAAUCUCUUUUUAGUACAAUUAUUAUAUAGUGCAAUUGAAUCUUCUAUCUUCUAGGGCAAUAUGCCGUUAUUAAGAAGUUGUUUUAAAUUUUAUUAUAAUAUUAGCUAUAAUGAAAUCAAUUAUUAUGUUUUGAAUUGUUGUGUACAUAUAUCGCUUUCCAUCCUCUAAAAACGAAACAAAAUUAAGAGCACAUUGAUUUAUAUUCUGAUUUAUAAAGAGUAUUACAUCUCGCUCUAGUGAACGUCGUGUUUAAAAGAUAAACAGAGACAAAAGACAGAGUUCAAGAAAACAACACUUUCUAUAGACGCACCUAUCACUAGUUCAGUGUAAUGUUAUGCCGGUUCCUAAGAAACUUCUUAAUAAGUUAUUUAUAUUAGAGCUUUGUAUCUAAAGAUACGUGGUGAUUAUGUUGCUGUGACGAUAUAGAAAUAUGGUUUAACUAACCAAUACAAGGGAGUGUUUUCGAAUGUUUGACUAAUUAAUGUUUUGUGUCGCAAUUUAUCCUGUAUCUGUUUUGUUACCAGGGUUUUUACUUAAGUGCAGUUAGGUCAAUUAACAUUAGCCCCUCUCCAAUUUGUAACCCGUUUGGAAUGAAAGUCGUUAUUGUAUGUGCGUAGUAAAUUGUUAUGAAUGGAUGUUACUAAUUAAAUAUGUUCGAAACGUA